UUAUACACGUGAAGAGGUGGAAGGUUAGGUGUGGAUUUCGUAUGUUUAGCACGUGGUAUUGGUUUGUUAUGUACUUAGUGCUAAAAGUAUAUAUGAUGAGGUAUAAUACGCAAUCGUUGCUCUACUUUAUAGACGGUAGUACUAUCGCUCUCACUCUAUCUACCACCAUUAACACCUCUCUCUCUAUAUCUAUCUCUUUUGUGGACCAGUCUUUACUCUCUCCAGCUUGGAAUUACAAAGAUCUUUAUAGCAUGGAGUACUCAAUCAAGGAUGACGUGACUCAAUUGAUAGGUAACACUCCAAUGGUGUACCUAAACAACAUUGUAGAUGGUUGUGUUGCUCGUAUCGCCGCUAAGCUUGAGAUGAUGCAGCCUUGCUCUAGUGUCAAGGACAGAAUUGCUUAUGGAAUGAUUAAAGAUGCAGAAGACAAGGGACUCAUUUCUCCCGGCAAGAACAUAUUGAUUGAGCCAACAUCUGGUAACACCGGGAUUGGUAUAGCAAUGGUCGGAGCAGCUAGAGGUUACAAAGUUGUGAUUACAAUGCCUGCAUCAGUGAGCAUUGAGAGAAGAAUAGUACUUCUAGCAUUAGGUGCAGAGCUUCACCUCACUGAUCCAAGCAAAGGCGUUAUAGGAGUCAUUGUCAAAGCUGAAGAGAUAUUAAGCAAAACUCCAGAUGGUUUCAUGCUAGAGCAAUUCAGAAACCCUUCAAACCCACAAUCUCAUUACGAAACCACUGGUCCAGAGAUAUGGAGAGACUCUGCAGAGAAAGUAGAUAUGUUGGUUGUUGGUGUUGGGACUGGUGGAACGAUCUCUGGAGCAGGGAAGUUUCUCAAGGAGAAGAAUAAAGACUUUAAGGUUUAUGGUGUGGAACCUGCAGAGAGUGCUGUACUCAAGCUUACAACUCUUGUUCUUGAGCAUUCAACUCUAAUAUUUAAACAAAAAAAAAUUAUUAAUAUUAGAAUCAAAGUUAAUAUUAGAAGGCAACCUGGUCCACAUGGGAUCCAAGGUAUUGGAGCUGGACUCAUCCCAGACAAUUUGGAUUUUAGCGUUCUUGAUGAAGUCAUUCAAGUGACAAGUGUGGAAGCAAUUGAAACAGCCAAACUUCUUGCCCUGAAAGAAGGAUUAUUGGUUGGAAUAUCAUCCGGAGCUGCUGCGGCCGCUGCUAUAAAAGUGGCAAAACGGCCAGAAAACGCUGGGAAGCUCAUAGUUGUGGUUUUCCCGAGUGGCGGGGAACGUUACUUAUCGACUCCAAUGUUCGACUCGAUCAGAUGUGAAGCAGAGAAUUUGGCAAUUGAAUGAGAGAGACUUAUCAUCCACUACUAGUCUACUACUACUACUUAAUUCGGUUCGGUUAUGUAAUAAAGUAUCAAGAUACUGGUUUUCUCAUUUUUGACAACACAUAAGAAGUGUUGUUUGACUUGAAAUGACGUAAUAUUGCGUCCAGAAUAAAUUAAGAAAAUUCUAGACAUGCAUGUAAUGUACGUAAACGUAAGUAACGUA